AUGGAUCGGUCACGAGGUGUACCCAAGGCUUACGAACCAUCUUCGGAGUAUCCUUUAGUUGCUAUCGAUGUAAAUUUAUCUCAGUUUCAAGGAACAGCUCAAAUAAACGAGUCGGCUGGGAUACUUUAUGUCCCCACGAGCGCUUUCCUCCACUCAGAACGCUACUCUAAGGACUCUUCCAGGCUUCAGAAUAUCAUCAAGAAGUUUUAUACAAUUUCGGUCCUUGAGGUCCCCUGGUACAAAUGGGCCCACCAUACUUCAUGGGUCGCUACAGGUAACACGCAAUCAGAUGACGGCUGUUUCAUGUAUGGGUGUCGAGUGGGUACUCUUUCGAAUCGAGUUGGAAUGAUGGACCCAGCAAACCAAAUACAUUUACUCGACUUUAAUCGCCGCCGAUCAAAGAAGGUUCAGCUAGGACCACCCAAAAUACUGGACGUGAACGUGGAAACAGGUUAUUUGAGCUCGGUGUUCAAUAACGGGAACUUAUUCGUCGAGGCGAAAUAUACGGAAACGAUUCUGGAAGUCGAAGAUGGGGUAGAUACCUUUGAUAAGGUGAUAUUGGACGACGAGCAUGUUAUGGUAGUUCGUAAUGAACCUGGGUUAGAGCCCUCGCUCUCAGUUUACGCAUUCUAA